AAUGUUGAGAGCUACUAUGACCUUCGCAUUUUUAGUAGCGUAGACUUUGAACCAAUGCUGAACGGUUCGAACGAAAACGAAACAAGUAGCUCAAGCAUAGCGUUAGAAAAUAGAGAUAACAUGAGCGCUGGUACGGCGACGUUGGAGCGUGAGCUGGCCAGUACUCGACGACUGCUGUGGGGCGACCACGUCAAGGAGGAAGUGUUUCGGCGAUGGGCGCAAGGUUUUCAGUUUAGCUCCGAUGAACCAAGUGCGCUUAUUCAGCAGGAAGGUGGGCCCUGCGCCGCCAUCGCGCCCGUCCAAGGGUUCCUCCUCAAGAUCCUACUGUCUGAGACACCUGGACAUAGUCUUCAAGAUUUAACAUCUGAGAAGUGUAAUUCCUUGCUUGUUAGGGCUGUGUGUACGAUUUUAAGUCAGUGUCUAGCUUCUAAGUACAAUGUUGCUGUAUAUCGGAAGAACGACACGGAGGCCGAAACUAGCACGAGCCUCAAUGUUAGUGCAGAGGAACAGUCGUGUGAUGCCAUCGACCACUUUCACAGAAGAAUGGAGGUGCACUCCUUUCAGACUUUAUCUGAAGUGGAAGCGUUUUACACAAGAAACAUUCGUAUUUUGAAGGACAAAUAUGGUGUACUUCUGUUGUUAUAUAGUGUCAUCCUAAGCAAAGGAGUCAGUACUGUAGAAGCCGAACUUUCGGAACUGUCUGAUCCUCUCAUACAUUCAACGUAUGGAUACGGAUCUCAAGGACUCAUCAAUCUAAUGCUCACGGGUAGAGCAGUGGCGCACGUCUGGGACCAUGACCAGGUGGUGGGGGGUCUGCGCUUGCGAGGAAUUGAGAGACAGAACGACAUAGGCUUUUUGACUAUUAUGGAACACAUGCAGUACUGUACUGUUGGUUCCUUUUAUAAGAAUCCUAAACAUCCUGUCUGGGUUUUAGCUUCGGAGACACACUUGACAGUGCUAUUCUCAUUAGAAAGAAGACUAGCAGCUCCUGAAACUGUAGGAGAAUCUGCGGAACGCAUUUUUAGAUCGUUUGACCCGGAGGGAAAUAAUUUUAUCCCUUCAGCAGCUCUACAAGAUGUUUUAUGCGCUGCGGAUCUGGUCAGUGAACCAGAGUAUGUGGAUUUGAUGAGACGAAAACUAGAUUCAGAGAAUUUAGGAAUUAUAUUAUUGAGUGCAUUCAUGGAUGAAUUCUUUCCUGGUUGUGAACGUGGUGCACCAGACACAUUUACGCUACACCAUUACAAUGGCUUGUCACGCAGUAACCCAGGAGGGCGAGUUUCCUACCGCACUGGUCGUGCAGCGCUACUAGAGUGUCCAAUGAGAGCAGCCACCACAGACCCCAUGUUAACGUGCUUGCAAACGAAGUGGCCCAGUAUUGACGUGGUUUGGGAUGAAGGUCAAUCACCCUCUCUAAAUUAGCGCACACAACAAAAUGUGCUCUGAACUUAUACUGUGACAGAGUGAGGAGAGUUAACAUAAAAUGUAUGUUAAAAUAUGUUGCAGAAAAUUCCAUUACUUUAUGUAUUAUUUUAUGUAUAGAAAUUAUAUUGAAUAAUUUCAAGGUCGUUCGGAUUACAUGCAUUAUCAUGGUCAGCUAUUUUUCAUAAAUUUGAUCACUUAAACAGAAUAUUAUUAAUUGCACAUCAAAAAACUUAUCACAAAGCAAUAUAUGUAUAUAUAUUAUUUAAA